UCCUGAUCUGACAGAUGACAGUAGACCUAUUUAGACAUUGUUGACAACUAUCAGAAAAAUAUCGUGUAAAAUAAAAUUACUAAAAUUUAAAAACUAAAGAAACUACACUUAUGAUCGUGAAUAGCCUUUUGAUCGAAACAUUAAAGGCGGCAACGCUUUCAGGCGCUUACAGUAUAGCUAGAAAUAUGUCCGGAGUUGUGGAAAAUACAAUCAGAAGCAAGCUACAAACUUCUUUAGGAACCAAACACCUCGAAAUUAUCAAUGAGUCCUACAUGCACAACGUACCGAAAGGCGCGGAGACACAUUUCAAAGUUGUUGUAGUGUCUGAUAAAUUCGAUGGAUUGCCAUUGAUAAAGCGGCAUAGACUAGUGAAUGACAUAUUGAAGAAGGAGUUGCAGACAGGUGUGCAUGCUUUGUCUAUAGUAGCAAAAACUCCAGACCAAUGGGACAGCAGCGACAAGGUGGUUGAGAGCAGCCCUAACUGCAGAGGAGGAUUUGGAAAAUAAUUAUAUUAGUCUUAUUCCCUAUAUAUGUAUGUAUAGUCAUUAUAAUUUUAUUAUUC